ACACUGUUUCCCAAAAAAUAUUCUCCAUGUUCUUGAAUCGGCUGGCAGCGACAACCAGGCCAUACAGCUCAGCGACAAGGAUGGCAUUACAAGCAGAAACCAAGACAGCAGACAAUCCAGAUGAACGGGCCCGAGAUUUAUUGAAUUGUUUCAACAACAUAAACCAACAAGUCGAGCAGGCAGCUUCAGGUCGCGAGGUCAGACUGGUAGCGGUAUCUAAAUUGAAACCAGCUUCCGAUAUCUUGACGCUCUAUCGGACCACCGGGCAUCUCCACUUUGGCGAAAAUUACGUGUCUGAGCUACAGGAGAAAGUCAAAGCACUUCCUGGCGAUAUCAAAUGGCAUUUUAUUGGUGCAUUGCAAUCGAAUAAAUGUAAAAUCCUUGGGGCGAUUCCCAACCUAUUUGCUGUUGAAACUGUUGACUCACUUCACAAGGCACAACUGCUAGAAAAGUCGCGGUCGGGUCUGGCAUCCUCAGUUCAAGUCAAUCCUCUGGAAGUCUACCUACAAGUCAACACGUCGGAAGAAGCUUCGAAGGCCGGUUUCAUCACGCCAUCUAACGAGCCCAUUCUUAGCUCCAACUUACAUUCGACAGCAAAGUACAUCAAAGAAGAGUGUCGAUGGUUAAAACUGGCAGGGCUAAUGACCAUAGGAUCCAUCGGCCAAUCGAAAUCCGAUCAGGGGACUAACAAAGACUUCGAACGAUUAGUUCAACUGAGGGAUCAACUCUCCGAAAGCCUUGGCGGAUUGGAGCUUGGAUUGAGUAUGGGAAUGAGUGCCGACUUUGCUCUUGCGAUCAAAAUGGGAAGUGACAACGUGAGGGUGGGCUCAAGUAUUUUUGGAGAGCGGCCGCCAUUCAAGAAACCGGAAACCUGAAAGUCAAAUGAUACUUUUCAUGAAAUGAUCUUUUACACACCUCGAGCAAUAUGUAGCAUCACCUGUCUGCUCACGCAAUUCAUCCAAUUUACAGUUGGGUUGCGAAAUUUGGUACUUGCCAAAUGGAAGCCAACUGCUGUAUGGGCCCAUAGACAUUUCCAACCACUGUCUCAGAGUCAGAUAGACUAUGUACUCCUCUUCGGCCUUCCUUCCUUCCAGUGGGGAAGGCGGGGGAUCAUAAAUGCAAAUGAAAUACAACUGUGA